GUAUGUUCCAGACUGGAACUUCCAGUCUACUCGCCCAAUCGCAAUGGAGCUUUGGAGAGGCAACACGGGAUACUGAAGCAAGUUCUCAAAGCCAUGUGCAAGGGCAAUACUGAUCGCUGGCCUUCCUUCCUUGCUCUUGCUCAGAAGCGUUGCAACAAUCGCCUCCUCGAUGAUAGUUGUGAAUAUACUCCUCAGCAACUCUUCAUGGGUUCUUCUGAUGCCAGCUCCCUAGGUCGACGGUUCGAGGAUAUUUCCAACACUAUCACUACUGAUACGGUUAAGUUCGAAGCUAAGCGUCGAUUCUCUCGCCGUGAAGCUAUGAUCAAGGAAGUUCAUGACGCUAUGGAAGAAGCUGAGGCCAAGGUCAUGCUGAAGUUUGGUGAUCGCCUGUCGCGUCGUCGCACUUUUAAGGUUGGGCAGAAGGUGCUCAAGUGGAUCGACAACAAGUCUAAUGGUGUGCUUCAACCUAACUGGACAGGCCCUCUCACUAUCAAGGAGGUUCUCGGUACUGCUACUUAUCGUCUUAGUGAUGACACUGUUCACGCUGACCGAAACCUCUGUCUAUACUAUCAAUGA